GCGUCGCUUCAAGUCGAGGACUCCGCCGCGUGUUGGUCCUCUAGGAGAGGGAGCCGAGAAAGAGACGGAGAGCGAGAGAGCCGAGACGGCGAGAGACGGCGAGAGAGGGAGCCGAGACGGAGAGCAAACGCGGCCAUGGGCGACAGUGAGCGGGACGUGGACGUGCUGAUCGUGGGCAGUGGCCCGCACGCCCUCACGCUGCUCACGCUGCUGCGAAACCCGGACUCGCGGCCCUGGGACUCGCUCAGCGGCCUCUUCGGGGGCCUGAAGCUCAGCGCCGCCGCCAAGGGUCGAGGCGGCGGCGGCGGCAGGAGGGCGGGCGGCAGGAGCCGUGGGCCCGGGGCCGUGAAGGAGAUGGAGGAGGCGGGGGGUAGUCGUGGGACUGCUGCGGAAUGGGCGAUCUGAAGAGGUGGAGCCGGCGUUGGCCUCCUUGGGCCUGCAGGAGAAGGCAGCCGAGGACGGAGAGGAGACCCCGCGUGGCCCGCAGCUGCUGGAGGUCAUGGUGGUGGACACGUACGGGCAGUGGCUGGUGCAGUGGGACAAGCAGUUCACGGCCCUCAACAUCCCGCACCUACGCUCGCACGCGCUCGUCCACACCGACCCCUUUGACAAGCGAGCACUGCAGGUGUUUGCGACGCAGCGACACAGGGAGGAGGAGCUGCGAGCGCUGCCCCGGCGGCUCCACAUCCUGGACGAGAACGCCUUCUUCAACGACGGGCGCGUGGGCAAGCGCGAGCGCCGGCUGCUGUCGGCGGGUGGUUGCGCCAGGCAGAACGAGCUCUACUUCACACUGCCCAGCACGCGGCUCGUUCGCGACUUCUUCACGCACCAGAUCGAGCACUACUCUCUGGCGGGCGCUGUGACGGCGGGCACCGUGGAUGCGAUCUUGCCUGUCCUGGCUGCUGCUGGUGUUGCUGGUGGCGGCGGUGCUGCCGGCGGUGCUGCCGGCGGUGGUAAAGGCGGUCCCAUCGUCGACUACUUCCGCGUGACACUGAAGGGCGGCUCAACAGUGCGCGCCCACCACGUGGUGUUGGCGGCCGGCCCGACACGUGCCGCCAUGGCCGUGGUUCCAGACUGGGUGUCCUCCAUCGGGGAGCGAUUUCCCGAGGACCGGCUCCUCCACACCACAGAGUUCAUCAGCCGCGCCGGCGGGUCCGUGGCGAACGUGGUGAGCGAGCCGAACGAGCAAGUGCUGGUGGUGGGCGGAGGCCUCAGUAGUGCCCACAUGGUCCUGCUGGCCGUGGAGGCGGGUGCCAGCAGCGUCACCUGGGUCAUGCGCAAACACCUGCAGGUGAAGCAGUUCGACGUGGGCGAUGUGGAGACGCUGGUGGGGCGCUAUGCUCACCGCGAGCACGGCGUGCGUCUCGACGGGUUGCCCUUCCUGCGCCAGUUCUAUGCGGAGCGGGGCCCUCGCCGCCGCCUCGACAUGAUCCGCCAGGCACGCAAGGGCGGAGCGGUCACGCCCGAGGCCUACGGGCAGAUCCGCCCGCUCAUUGAGGCGGGCAUCGUCUCACUGCGUGCUUACUGCCAGGUGGAGUUUGCGUCAUGGUCCUACAAGGAGCAGCGGUGGCGUGUGGUGCUGAGCACGGGCAAAGAGACUUGGAGUGGAGACCGCAUCUGGCUCGCAACGGGAUGCAAGCUCGAUGUCGCGCAAGAUCCGCUCCUCGCUAACGUGCUUCGCCACUUCCCUGUGCCGCUCGUGGAAGGCUGGCCAGCCAUCGACGACGACCUGCGCUGGGCGACGGGCUGCGAGCUCUACCUCAUGGGGCAGUACGCGGCACUCAAAGUGGGUCCGCAUGCCGUGAACCUCGCUGGCGGGCAGGCAGCCAGCGCACGCAUCGCCAAAGCCAUCCUCCAGCAGCACCGCGAGGAGCAGCAGGAGGACUCGAGCAGCCGAGCCCAGGAGUUCAUAGACCACAUGCAUGGCCUCAUGUGGUGCUAGAGAUCCCCUCUGCUUCGCCGACAUUUGUGUGUGUGCUAGACCUGUAUGUGUGUGUGUGCGCUAAACGUGUGUGUGCGCGCUAAACGUGUGUGUGCGCGCUAAACGUGUGUGUGCGCUAAACCUGUGUGUGUGUGUGCUAAACCUGUGUGUGUGUAUGUGUGCUAAACCUGUGUGUGUGUGUGCUAAACCUGUGUGUGUGUGCUAAACCUGUGUGUUCGUGCUAAAUCUGCGUGUGUGUGUGCGCUAAACCUGUGUGUGCGCUAAACCUGUGUGUGUGUGUGCGCGCUAAACCUGGUUGAUGCUACUGUCCGCUCCGAUCGAUGGCAAGAAAUGAAGUUUUAGGUACCACUGUGCCUAAGCCUAACCUCGACCCAUUAGCCUAACCCAAGACCCUAUCCGUAAACCCUGAGCCCUGUUAUUACUACGCUUGUUUUCCCAAGACAACGACAUGUCGUUGCUUGCAGAGGGGCCACAAGCGAGGUGACGUUUUCACGGCCGAUGAGGAAUUUGUGGUCAUCAUUGCUGGGCAAUUCUCACGAUCCGCAGUCCUGAUUUCGGUAGCAUCACGGCAAUCCGCCGGGGACUUCUACAGGUUGCAGCCUCUCAACAUGAGUGAGGUGUGACUCCCUGCCCACCGUAGGAGCACCCCGAGCUCUUGCCACAUUCAUGCAAAACGGGAGAUGGAUUUGAGUGACACUCAUGGGCACAGGAUGGAGUUCCCUGGGAAAGUAUUCUUAGUUUUUUUCGGUAAAGUCACGUAGGUAAAAAAAAUGUAAAUUAAUAAAAGUAAAAUAAAAUAAAAAUCACGACGUUUCGGAGGCAACACAAGCUUCCGUCUUCAGGUGGAACCGUCACAGCACGAUAGCGGUAUCAAGUAAGAGAAAUUCCAAGAAAACAGUCCUUGUAUAUAUACUGGUUAAGGGUGGGAGGAGCCAAGGUAGGCCCCUGGAUAUUAUUGUGAGGUUCGGUGCGGCUGAAGCACGCUGCUAGGAAUGAGCCUUUGUUGUGUAGACUGGUUGAACUCGGAGGUUCCAAGAGUUGUUAAGGUGCGGCUGAUGUAAAGGUGCGUGUAAAUGGGACUGAGCCUUUUGUUAUGUAGAUGAAACAGAACUUUGCUACGUUGCUGGGAUUAAUUCUAGAUUUGCCAAAUAUGUGUGGUAAAACUUAAAGUAGGAAAACCAAUGUGUGAAAAAAGAAUAAACUAUACGGUAACUGAAGAAUAGUGCCUGUCAAAUAAGAUGGUCCAAAUAUAUGUAGUUAAAUCUUUUUUGCAUAGUUAAUAACAUCUUUCCAAUGAUUACUAAGUUUGUACCCAUCAUCACGGUUGAAAUUAUGUCUGUGUUUGUAUAUUUGGAUGGCUUCGUGUACAAACCUUUGAUGGUAGCCAGGAGGUUUGCAGAGCACCUUGGUCUCGGAAAAGACAAUUUCAUGAGAGCCCACAGCGUUGUAGCAAUGAUCGGCAACGGCGGAAGAAUCAGUUUUGCCGUGUUUCAGAUCUGACUUGGAUCUUAUGUUUGUUUAGAAUUUUGGAGAUCUUUUUGGCCAUGCUUGCUAUGUAUGGCAACGUGAUAGUUUUGAUCGGAGUUUCAUGUGGCUGUUUCUGUAUGGUGGGAGAAACAGCUUGGCGGAUGGUGCGGUCAGAGUAUCCGUUCAUCCUGAGGGCCCGAUGUACAUGUCUUAAUUCUAUUUUUUAUUUUACUUUUAUUAAUUUAUUUUUUUUACCUACGUGACUUUACCGAAAAAACCUAAGAAUAUGAAUCCUUGCAGUCACGAAAGCUUCAAAUCUAGAAUUCCCUGGGAAAGCUAAUGGUAGGAUCGCACCGAUGUGUCUGUAGAAGAACUUUUUCAAUUGGUGCCUACUGCCAGCUGCGGCUCAUGGAUUAGAAACAUUGGCACUGAUAAAGGAAAUGGAACAAAAGCUGAAAGAUGCAAAGGGAAGCAUGGACCGAUGCGAGCUUAGCAUUUCACGUGGAGACUUUAAUAGGAGCGCAUGGAUCAGCGAACAGAGUUUCGUUCAAUGCUUUCAAUUCAAUGUUUAUUUUUUACACGGAAAAUCCUAUUUAGCCAUAUUCUUGAUUCUUUCGGUAAAGUCACAUUGAUAGAAAAUAAAAUAAAAAAUAAAAA